GGUGUGCAAGACAGACAGCAGCAACACUAGCAGAUCAUCAGAGGAGGAGAAGAACAAGCUAGCAGAACAAUGCGGCGCUACGGGCAGUCGCUGUACCAGCCGCAGAGCCCGGUGGCGCGGUGCGUCAACUUCCUCUGCGCGGUGCUGCUGACGCUGAUCCUCAUCGCCGGCGUCAUCCUGUUCGUGCUGUGGCUGAGCCUCCGCCCGCACCGCCCCAAGUUCUACCUCGCCGACUUCUCCAUCCCCAACGCCAACCGGCAGUCGGCCGGCCUGGCCAACCUCCCCGUGCACUUCACCGUCAACGAGCACAACCCCAACCAGAAGAUCGGCAUGUUCUACGACGAGGUCCUCGCGUCCGUGUUCUACGGCGACCAGCUCGUCGCCACGGGCCCCGUCAUGAACCCAUUCUACCAGGUGCCCAAGGGCGACACGCCCGUGCAGGGCACCCUCCUCGCGAGGGGCCCCGUCCCGACGGACCCGUCGUGGGGCCUCUUCGCCGGCGAGGUGGCGGCGGGGGCCGUCCAGAUGCGGCUGGUGCUCACCUCCAAGGUGCAGUUCCAGGUGAAGGUGUGGGACACCAAGCGUCACCACAUGAAGGUGGAGUGCGACUUCACCAUGCAAGGGGACGGCACGCUCCGUCCGCAGGACAAGAACUCCCAGUGCACGCUCUACUUCUAGUUCUAGCAUGCAUGUCUCUCUCGAGAUCUCGAUCGGCUUGAAUUGGUGUGGACAUCGCUGAUCCUUUUUCAAUUAGUCUUGGUUUCAAAGGUCAUGUUGUAUUUAGUGUUUUUCCCCUUCAUUUGGCUGGUAUUUGCGAUUGUUGUAGUGCAAUUAUUUUUAACACGUACGAGCGUAUUCAUUCA